CAUAUCUCUGGCAGCAAUACAAUUUGUGUGCGGUGUUGUCCCGACCGCCAACGCUGCCGAGUUAGGGGUACGUCACAGAGAAACCCUCUGCGCUUGUCGGGCUUUGUAUCCUGCGUUUAUUAGCCGCUAGAAUCAUUGCAUUCUGGAAGGACCCCUCGGUGCCAGAGCUGUGAGGGUACCUCUUUCUCGUAAUACACGACAGCGAAUUCUGGGGACUGUAGUCUAACACAAGGCGUCCCAUUCUGAGGUUGCUGCACGUCUCCUCCGGGUUAUACGCUAGCUUACCUUGGCGUCGGUCACGCAAUGUGUGUCGCCUUCUGGUCCUUGGAGCACCCUCAGUACGCCCUCAUCUUAUGCAGCAAUCGAGACGAAUACCUUUCCCGGCCAACUGCCAAGGCUCAUUGGCACUCCUUCGGGGGCGUAAGGGAUGAUGCAGCCGGUGACGGAAGUAUUCUAUCUGGCCGAGACCUCCGGGCUGGUGGCACUUGGGCUGGUGUCAACCGUUCCGGAAGGGUUUCCCUUCUAACCAACAUCACGGAGCCUCCAGGAAAGUAUGACUCUUCCAGAGGCAACCUCACCUCUUCCUUUCUUUUGCCGACGCCGUCGACGUUCCAAGACGAAGUCGAGAGUAUCCGCGCUCAAAAUGGGAAAUACGCCGGAUUCAACCUUCUGCUGCUUUCUCCUCGGACAAGGCACGGAGCGUCGCUUGCGUACAAUGCAUCAUUCGUGACUAAUUCUGGCGGGGGUGGUACAAUCACUACACGUGAUCUGUCUGACGAAGAGAGGUGCUGUGGAGGAAUGUCCAACGGCAUCGAUCGCCAGGGGGCGAACGAAUGGCCGAAGGUCAAGCACGGCAUCCACGCCUUGCAGGAGGUGCUCGACUCCGUCACGGAAAAUUCUAAUGAAUCCGAGCUGUUGGAACAGCUGUUCGGUCUCUUGACCUGGAGGAGCAAGGGGCCUAUCGAUCGCUCUACAUUGCGGAACACAAUACAGGUGGAGCCCAUCGCUCUUCCGAAUUCAAACGGCUUAAACCACACUGUCCACGAGUACUACGGCACGCGGCUUUCCACGGUGAUCCUCAUCCGCAGAGAUGGGCGGGUCUUAUUCGCCGAACGGGACGUAUGGAAGCUCAGCUCGGAGGGACAUGUCGCCGAAGCUAAAUCCGAAGAUGAUCGUAUGUUCCGUUUCCAAAUAGAUUGGGGGGAUAUCGACAAGUCCAUAGAUAGUCUAUAG